CCGACGCUCCUCCUCGAGCGGCCGCCGCCCGCCUGCGGCUCGAGCUCCCUGGUCCCGGCCGGCUCUGCCGCCACUUCUGGCCGCUCACCUGGGACGCGUUCACCUGGGACGCGCUCCCCUGCCCACGGGCGCUUGGGCCCCAGGAUGAAGGACCGGCUGGAGCAGUUGAAGGCCAAGCAGCUGACACAGGAUGACGAUACUUACGAAGUCGAGAUUGCUAUUGACAACACAGCUUUCAUGGAUGAGUUCUUUUCUGAGAUUGAGGAAACUCGGCUCAACAUUGACAAGAUCUCAGAGCAUGUGGAGGAGGCGAAGAAACUCUACAGCAUCAUUCUCUCUGCACCCAUUCCAGAGCCAAAAACCAAGGAUGACCUAGAGCAGCUCACAACUGAGAUCAAGAAAAGGGCCAACAACGUCCGGAACAAGCUGAAGAGCAUGGAGAAGCAUAUUGAAGAAGAUGAGGUCCGUUCGUCAGCAGACCUUCGGAUACGGAAAUCCCAGCACUCUGUCCUCUCCCGGAAGUUUGUGGAGGUGAUGACCAAAUACAAUGAGGCUCAGGUGGACUUCCGUGAACGCAGCAAAGGGAGAAUCCAGCGGCAGCUUGAAAUUACCGGCAAAAAGACGACAGAUGAGGAGCUGGAGGAAAUGUUGGAAAGUGGAAACCCUGCCAUCUUCACUUCCGGGAUCAUCGACUCCCAGAUUUCCAAGCAAGCCCUCAGUGAGAUCGAGGGACGGCACAAGGACAUUGUGAGGCUGGAGAGCAGCAUCAAGGAGCUUCACGACAUGUUUAUGGACAUCGCCAUGCUGGUGGAAAAUCAGGGUGAGAUGUUAGAUAACAUAGAGCUGAAUGUUAUGCACACAGUGGACCAUGUGGAGAAGGCCCGGGAAGAGACUAAAAAAGCAGUGAAAUACCAGAGUCAGGCCCGCAAGAAAUUGAUAAUUAUCAUUGUGAUAGUGGUUGUGUUGCUGGGCAUUCUAGCGUUGAUUAUUGGACUUUCCGUUGGGCUGAAUAGUAAGGGUGGCCCGUGAGGCUGCUGCACUGAAAUGGCUUUUAGGGUCCCUCGGUGGCACAGUGUAUGUUUGACUGCAAACCUAAAGAUUGGUGAUUUGAACCCACCCAGUGGUACUGUGGAAGAAAAGGCCUGGAGAUCUGCUUCCAUUAAAAUUACAGCCAAGAAGACCUUAUGGAGCAGUUCUACUCUGUAACACAUGCGAUUGCCAUCAGUUGGGAUCGACCUGAUAACAUCUAACAUAGGGCUUUUUGUUCCCUGUUCAAUGUGAUGUAAUUCCAGGUCCUGUCUUGGGUAUAUCUAUUGAUGUUUCCGGUUUAGUGUUGACUUUCUUGUUCUUUUUUUCCCAGUUAUUUCUGAUCUUUCCUCUCCCCCUGCUGGGUUUUUGGCUGACUCUUCCUGCUGUUAUCCCACAUCAUUGCAUACACUGAUCAGCUCCUUCUUCCCCUGCCUUAGAACCUGGUUUUACUCCAGCCCGGGGUGGCCUCCCUUGUCUUCAGAUGGGACUGGAGUUUGAAUGGCCUUCCUGAGAGCGAGUGGGACCCAUUCCUUUGUUUCCUUGUUACCAUCCUUGGACCUCAUCCAGUCAACAAUAUAGCCCUGGAGGAAUCUAAUCUGCCUGAUGCAACCCUGAGUUCUCAAAACCAUCUCCUGCCCCGCCAGCUCUGAAGUACCUUCUCUCCUGGACUGUGUGGACCAACCCAGCUUCUCUUUCCACCCUCUGGUGUCAAAUUAGGCCUUGUACCUUGGAGAUCCUUCCAAGGUGCUGUUAUUUCCUACCUCAUGGAGUGCUCCUUUCCCAGAAAUUGCAAUACAUAUGUAUUUUUAGGAGGGUAUCCUUAACAAAGGGAUUCUUCCAAGUUUGGCAACGAUAAGGCAACCAAUCCUCAGUUUGUUGUCCCUGUGUCCUGAAAAUAUGAAGGACUGACAGAUGUCAUGUUGGUCUGAGAAGCUGACUUGUUUGAAAUUCAACCUUAAAUUAAGUUCUUGGUAUGUUCAGCUUGGGGGCCAACUUCAAACUCUGUCUAUGUUGUGUUCUCUCAUGUUUACUCAAGGAGGGACCAGGAUGAUUCAGUCAUCUGAGGUUACCAUCUGCAAAGGCUGAGGAUGUGGGAUAUUUGAAUCUUGGAAACAGGCUGUUCACUGUUAAGAGUGAUGCUUUGUGAAAGCAUUGCCUUGAGGCCAGAAAUAGCCAAGGACUUAAAAUAGGGCCAAGGGCAAGGUGCUUGCGUGUCAGGCUCUGGGAAUGUUUCAUCAGACUGGUGCAGGUAUUCAGUCACUCAUUUCAUGUGUUCCAGGUGUAUUUUUAUAAU